AUGAAUCUAUUUGUCAAGGAUAUAUUUGGCGAAGAGAGACCUGCAUCCCCUGAGCACAUCGAGGAUGAUAUUCCUACUCAAGCAUUUGUGCGGCGGAAGGAAGCUGAGAGAACGGAUGUGAAUCCUAAACCUGUUCUUAAAACUAAUAAUUUAUCCCGAGCUCUACAGUCUAGGCUGGAUAGGAGGAAAUCUAGCGUUGACGAAAAACCAAAGGUUUUAAGAUCAAGAUCUAACAGCAGAGACCGGAAAAGACGACAAAAGGAGAGCAAUAAUCAAACCCCGGACCAUUCACGUUCUAGCUCACGUCGACAGAGCAUAGACGCCGGGAUUAAGAAUGAUGUUAGAGACGAACGACGAAGCAGAACGAAAGAAUUCAAAAGAGAAAAAUCAAGAACUAGAACAAGAAGUAGAACAAGAAGUAGGGAGAGGAAAAAGAAAGAGAAGAAACGGAAAGCAAGUCGAAGUAGAUCAAGAGAAAGGAAAAAGAAGAAACGGAAGUAUAGUGACAACGAAGAAUCCCGGAAAAAGAUUAAACGGAUUAGCGAGGAGAGAGAUGAAGAAGAAAAGAAGUCUAAAAGUAUGGAGAAAGAUCUAUCAGAAUCUCCACGGUCUAGUCACACUAAGAAGAAGAAGAAAAAGAAGAAGAAUAAAGGUAUUGUUCAAUCAUACUCUGACCAUUCAGACCCUGACACUGAUCACUCGAACCUAUCCACUAGCGCCGUGAAGACUGAGACGGAUCGAAAGUACCUGGAGUCGGACGAGGAUGAGGAGAAGGUUAUUGAGAAUAUUCGAAGGAAGAGAGCUAAGCUGCUGGCCCAUCUACCCGAGGAGGUGGAGAUGAGAGCUCCCAGAGAGGAUCUAGUUGGGGCUCAGGUUACCAAGGACAGCAGGGGAGCCAGGGAGAAUACGGUUCCUAUAACAUGCUUUCAACAGGAUCCCGAUGGUCUGAAAGAGGUUAAACAGUACAAAACUGUACUGCUGACAGGAUCCACAGUACAGGACGGACAGUACAGUCAGAUCUUUCAGUUGUCAGCAGCACUGCUCAACCAACCAAACAAAAGGUUUUCACUUAAUUAAAAAAAAUAUCAAUUA